GAGCAGCAGUAGCGGUGAGAAGUGCUUCACGAGUGAAAGAUCACCAAUAGUAUUACGUGAUCUUCUUGAGUUCAACAUGCGCAGCUAUUCGAACUUCUUCCGUUUUUAGCGGCACAAUUUAUUGAUAAACAGACAAUAUUAAGUUAAUCAGUGGUAUUUUCCAUCAGUGUCCAAUGAAAGUGAUCGUGUGGGAUUCAUUCAGAGAUUCAGGAGUGUUUGCAUGAAUUGUUUUUGUGUACAGAUACAGUCUCAGAGAAGCAGAUAAGUUUGGCAAAGAACAAGAUCAGUGCGCCGAAGUAAAACUAGUGCUCGUGCUAAAAAUAUUUUAAUUUUCGCAAAGAAAAAAAAACUCAGUGCAUUUAUGAUUACUAUUGGAUUAAUCAUAAGACUCCUUCCACGCUCUGGAUUACCAUAUAGGGGAAAAUUAACUCAACUCCGAAUAUGAUCAAUAUUUAUCCAAGUUAUUCACGUGAGAGCGACUUGUGUUGAACUUUCAAUCAAAAUCUUCCUUCAGCAACCAUAUCUGUAACACCGAUUGUGAGCCAUCAAGAUGUUUACCAGAUUUGACGCCAACAAAUCAACGAAAGGUGCCUCCAAGCUCCGUAGGGAUCUCAUCAAUGCAGAGAUUGCCAACUUGCGGGAUCUCCUCCCAUUACCUCAGUCCACGAGACAAAGAUUGUCGCAGCUGCAACUCAUGGCGCUGGUCUGCGUUUAUGUCCGAAAAGCCAAUUAUUUCCAACAAGUAUUCAAAAGACACGACAUUUCACAUCAUCAAGCUCCGACGCCAAAUAUAGGAUUUUCAAAGGCUUUAUCUGGUUUUUUAAUGAUGCUAACGCAGAAUGGUAAAUUGUUGUACAUAUCUGACAAUGCCGCGGAGUAUUUAGGACAUUCCAUGGAAGAUCUUCUCAUUCACGGCGAUUCUGUCUAUGACAUAAUCGAUAAACAAGAUCAUGGAUCUAUUCAGGCCGAGUUGGGGCGCAGCGUGCCGGCGCAGCAGACUGGAUCUCAUCACCCAGCAUCGCCCUCGCAUCUCGAGGGUGAGCAACGUAUGUUCCUAUGUCGUAUGAAUGUUAGUCGCAAUGCCAGACGCCAAAUGCGAUUUGGUGACCAAAAGGUGGUUUUAGUUCAGGGCCAUUAUUUGUCUUUCCUGCCGCUCUGUAGUCGCAAUGAGCCAGUCUUUUUGGCCACAUGCACACCCAUUGCCAUGCCGGAGACCAGAGAGUGCGUCGUUCAGGGAGCCACAAAUGUCUUCACCACCGUCCACUCCAUGGACAUGAAAAUUGUCCUGAUAGAUAAGAACGGUGAAUUCCAUUUAGGAUACAAUAGAUCGGAACUUCAGGGUAUAUCGUGGUAUCAUCUUCUCCACUGGGAUAGCACGAGAGAGGCACAGGCCAAGCAUAGACUAAUAACACAAUCAGAGCAAGAUCGUUCUGGAAUUCUCCUAGUGCAAAUGCAGAGACGAUCUGGGGACUUUAUAUGGGUCCACUGUGUACUUCAGGUGCGCGAUGGACAAGAUUCUAAUCAGCAACCAGUCAUAGUUUGUACUAAUCAGGUUUUAAGCGAUCAUGAGGCUUCGGUGAUGCUGGCGAAUUCCUGGCUCUAUCACUACUACUCUGUCCAGUCGAAGAUUCAGUUUGGACUGCCAUUCGAGGGACCCCCAAGAGUGGCCUCGGCCACGCCAUAUUAUCACCACCCGCCACCCAUUCAGCCCACCCUCUCGCACCACUCCUCGCCGCACCACGUGCCCUACGGCUAUCACUCGCCGAUCGGCGUGGGGCCACACCAGGGCUCGCCCUCCAUCAUCAGCCACCACAAUGGCGCCCCACCGACGCACCACCAGACACCUCCCGGCCUGCCUGGAGACUACUACAAGACCUAUUCCUACCAUCGCUACGACACCCAGCCUGUGGACUACAGCCAAGGCACACCACCCGCGGAGAUCCGCUGCAGCAGUCGCGGCAGUCCCAACCACCGCUCUGGCACUCCUCCCAGCAAACGGAGGGCCAUCGGUCGUCUGGAGCCCCUAUAUAUACCCGACGAGGAAUCACCAGAGAGCACGAUGAUGGAGCUCCAUGGUGGCUUGGAGAACGGUGGUCAGACAGUGAUCCUCAGCACAGUGGCAGCUCCCAGGCCGAGGCUGUUCACCAAGGCCCCACCCGUGGAUUCGCCUGACUUCAUGGAACAGUGGAAUCCCAGCCCACCGUGGUCGGAAACGGCUCAGAAGGUACCCGAUAUUGCUCACCAAGAGCUCAGUCCUUAUCUCACCACGACGCCCCCAACCCCGACGAGCGCCACGGCGCCACCGCACAGCCACACGUUCAGCUUCGACUGGGUCCCAGAGCAGUUCGUGCCAGUGGACUGUGGCAUUGCCGUACCAGUGCCCCUGGCCGUUCCCUUGCAAAUCGCGCACUGGCCCUCGGAUCAUUCUCACUUGCUACCCAUGCAGCCUCCAGAACGGCGGGAGGACAGCGACACAGAUUCCAGAAAAUCUCGGAGAUCAACGUGAUGACUCUUCAGCGGAGAGAACUAUUUUUGUCCAGUAUAACAUAUUUUGUACAUAGCAACAGUCUUUCAAUGACUUUAAAAUUAUGAAAGAAAAAAAUACAUUUAAGUAGGUAGUCUAUUUUUCGAAAAGUGGAAACUCUGAGAAAAUGGCUGGUUCGUGUGCAAUUGGCUAUUGCAAUAAUUUAUUUAUUACGUUCGCGUGCUACCAUUUUUCUCCAAAAACAACUGACUCUGUGCGUGAAGAAGUGAAGACAGCAAUAAAAUUUGUAUAUUUUAUGCAUUUUUGUGGUUUCCAUGUUCCUAAGGACACUCCAAUAAGUCUGUUUUAAUGUAUUUCUGAAAAAAUAAAUCUAAAAUAGCAAUUGUUUUUGUAUCCCUUGCAGAAGUGCAUAUAAUUCUGUUUCAUUCCGUAGUGCAAUUUCUAUACUUAUCUUUUAUUGUAUUUUCGUGACACGAGUUAUCUUUUUUAUUGAAAAAUAUUUAUAUAUAAAUUAGUAACUUGGAACAUGCUUUAUAUAAUGCAAUUUUUGUACAUGAAUUUUAUUAAGAAAUAUAAUUUAUGCGAAAA